CCGCCCUAUCGUCUCAUCUUCACUUAAAGAACCACCCCUACCGACCCCAAAAUCGUAACCUUUUUUAAAAAUCUCAAAGAAAAUGACAAGAAAGACGUAACCCUUAAUGCCCGCAGCAUUUUUAAAUCCCUACUAUUCUUAUCACUAUAAUUUUUUUUAAAAAAAAUCAAGCCCAGAAUGGCGCUUCCGACACAGACUACACAUCUCCAUCCGGGGUACCUUGUCACACACCUCUAUCCACAUCACCACAACCCAUACUACCCCUCCGCUCGCCACCCUCUCCCCCGACCUCACUCGAACACUAACAACGCCGUGCGGCCUGGAACGCGGGGCACGUUGCUUGUGGAUUGGGAUGGGAGUGGGGAGCCGCUCUUGUCGUAUCGAGGUGGUGAUGGGGCGGAAGACGGUGACGCUGGUGGUAUUUGGGAGGAGGAGAUGAAAUGUGAAGAGGAGAGCGGGGAGGAACCGCUGUUGUCAUAUCGAUGCGGGGAUAACGAGGUUGUGGAAUGUGAAGAGGAGGAGAGAGGUGUGAGGGAGGUGUUGGAGGAGAUGAUGAUGGAUAAGGGGGUGGAAGAGAAAGGUAAGGAGAUGGUGAAGGAGAGGAAGGGGGAGGGGGAGGGGGAGGUACAGACGGGGUUUUUGAUUCGGAGGAAGCCGGUUCCUGUACGGCAGGAGGGGGAGGAGGGGAAGAGGGACGUGGAUGUUGGUGUGGGUGUGUGUGUUGACAAGGCGGUUCUGGAGGUUGGUAAGAGACUUCCGGAAGUACCUGGUGAAAAGGAGAUGGAGAGAUUGCCUAUAUUUUAUAAGUACGAGGAGGCGUCGAAUGAGCGCGAGGAGGUGAAGAAGAAGGAGAAUAAGGGGAGUGUAGGAAGGUUGGCCGAAGUAUUGAAGGAAGAGGGGUCGGAGGUUUGGGGUAUGUUGAAGUAUGAGGGGAAAGAGUUGAUGGCUGUUUUGAAACAUGAGGGGAAGGAGCUGUUCGAAGAGGUUAAGGAGGACGGGAAAGAGUUGUUGGAGGGUUGGAGGGAGGAAGGGAGGUGGCUUUCGGUGGUGUUGAGGAGGGAGUGGAGGGAUGGGAGGGUAGUGGUUGGGAAAAGGAUUAAGAAGUGUGUCUGGUGCUACGUAUAG